AUGGCCACUUUGGUCGAGGAACUGUCACCUUGUGAGCUUGCGACACUCCAUGGACCAACAUCCAAGCUGCCGGCCACAGUAGGGGCUCCAGACAAUUCACAUCCCGACGACAAUGUGGAAGCAUCAAGCACAACGACAAGUGUGCAGCCGCUGGUCACCAAACCUCGCUUUGUAGCCAUCUUCCUCGCCUUCUUCAUCCAAGGCGUGAACGAUUCCGUCACCGGGGCACUUCUCCCUUACAUUCAAGCAAACUAUCAGAUCCAGUAUGCCAUAGCUUCUCUGGUCUUCGUUGGAAAUGCAGUUGGCUUUAUUGCAGCUGUGCCAUUCAUCCAGCUGCUGGACCGCACCUUGGGCCGCGUCAAGACCUUGAUCCUGGCUGUGUGCUGCAACAUCGUCGCUUACUCCAUAAUAAUUGCUCAGCCGCCUUUUGCAGUCGUUGCAACCUGCUUUGGAAUACUGGGCUUUGGCUUCUCAACCAUCCUAGCUUUGGACAACUCCCUCGUUGCCAACUCCCCGAAUGGCACAGUGCUUUUGGGCAUCACGCAGGGCGGCUAUGGCAUCGGAGGCAGCGUAGCUCCACUCAUGGGUACCGCCAUGGCUUCCCAUGGUGUGAGAUGGUCUUUCUUCUACUUCAUUUCUUUGGGCUUGUCCAUCACCAAUGCUGCACUCUUUGCAUGGUCGUUCCACAAUUUCGUUCCAACGCUACGCAGCACGAACUUACCAUCCGGAACUGUUUCGAGGCCAAAAUCGCGAUCGCCAGUAUUGCAAGCCAUGCGAGAUCGAUCGGUCUUGUUUGGAUCCGUCUUUGUAUUUGCGUAUCAGGGAGCAGAGGUGACGAUAUCUGGAUGGGUUGUCUCUUUCCUCAUCGACUACAGACAUGGAGAUCCGGCAAAAGUUGGAUACGUGUCUGCCGGCUUCUGGGCAGGAAUCACAGUCGGCCGCUUCCUGUUAUGUCCACUGAUCGAGAAGCUGGGAGAUCGAAGGUGUAUCUUCGGCCUCAUCAUUGUGUGGGCCGGCUUUCAUUUAAUAGUCUGGUUCGCACACGAUAUCAUUGGUGAUGCUGUGGCUGUGGCAAUCAUAGGAGUGUUGUCUGGACCAAUAGCACCAAUGGCAACAGGCGUAUUAUCCAAGCUACUCGACCCUUCGAUACAAGUCACUGGAGUCGGAAUGGCAUGGAGCAUUGGAAGUGGUGGAGCUGCUGUCGCUCCAUUCUUGACGGGACUUCUCGCUCAGGUCUAUGGCGCUGUCGUCCUCAACCCAACCUGCAUCGUUCUCUGUGCUGUCAUGAAUAUUGCAUGGUUGGCACUCCCUGGGCGUACCUGGAAGAAAGAAUGA